AUGUUAAAAAAAGAAUUUGAGAAACAUUUAAAGGAGAUAAGAGAGGAAGUAAAUUAAUUGAUACCAAAGUAUCUUGAUGAAGGAAUACUAAUAAACUAAGUGAGUUGCAUGAAAUAUUUAAUAGAUAAAUAGUAAAGUAAAAAUUGAAUUAGCAGAGGAAUUCAAUAUUCAAUAGGAUUUUGAUUAGAAUUUUAAAUCAAUAUUUUUAGAAUUUAUUUUUAAUCUUCAGAAACAGAUGAUGAUUUAAGAAAAAAUAUAGAAUUCUCCUAAAACAAUUAAUGAUUUAUUUUUAUGUAGCUUUUUUAAUUUAGAUGACAUUCCAAAGAUAAAGAGACACUCUAUCUUAAAGAAAUUAUUAGAUCAUAUAAAUUAGCGCAUAAAUCACUUCUUUUAACACCAACAAUCAACAAUAUAGUUUUUAAUUGCUUAACAAAAAUUAAUUGAUUCUUAGAGUACACGAUCAUCUCCAAUAGUGAUUGAUAUAGAAAUUGAUUCAAAUAAAAAUAUAGCAGAUGAAUAAUAAUAAUUGAAUGAUUAAAAAUAAGAAUUAGAAUUGUUUAAUUUAGCCUAGUAUUAAAAUCCAACUGAGGAAUAAUUAAAUUGUCCAUAUUGUGUCUGUAAAAAGAGUAAUCAGAUAGUUUUGAAUCAAUUAGCUUUAAGAUGUGCAAUUUGUAAGAAUUACUUCCAUAUUUCAUGUUUAAGAAUUGAGAAACAAAAAAAAGUAUUUGUAUGUCCAGAAUGUAUAUUAAUUGGAAUGGAUCCAUUACAUGAAUUAUAAGAAUCAAUUUUAGAUCCUGUGAUAUUUUAAUCAUUAGAAGGGAGAGUGAAUUAAUUUACAUAGAAAUUUUAAAUGAAAAAAGGAUUACCAUCAGAACAUUUAGUAGAAUUAAGAUCAAUUAAAAUUGAUGGAUAAUUUGAAGAUAUUUCUUGGCCUGAUUUUGGUGAUCUUUAAUUAAAUGGGAAAAAGAUUCAAGAUUUCAAACCUUUAGCAAACAAUAGCAGUUUGAAAAAAAGAAAAGAUGAAAAAUUAAUACUUAAUACUGAAUUAGGUUAAAGUAAUUUGCUAACAAUUAGAGAAUAGAAUGGAAAUCAAGAUUUAUAAGCUUAUAGAAUAAAUUAAGGAAUUCCAUAUAUGUUGGGAAUAUUCGAAGUAAGGAUAUAUAAAUUGAGUGAAUUCAUAAAAAAAGUAAAAAUGGAUUAAAGUUGUUUGAUAGGAAUUGAAUAAAGUAAGAAAUUAAUUUAAUUAUCUAUUUUAUAAAAUUAAUUUGAUGAGGUAACAAUGGAGAGUAUAAAGGUUAGUUUAGAUUGUGUUUAUGAUCUAACUUUAUUAUAAACACCAGCAAGAGGCAAUAUUUGUGAACAUAUUUAAUGUUUUUCAUUAGAAAAUUUAGUAACAAUGAUGAAGAAUGUUAGUCCUAGAAAAUGGAAAUGUCCAAUAUGUAAAUAAAUGAUUCUUGGAUUAUAAAUAGAUGCAUAUUAAAUGUGUAUUCUAACAAUAAUCAAAUAGUACAACCUGAAGAUUAAUGAAGUUUCAUUUAAUUAGUUUGUAAACAGAGUACUUAAUUCUUUUAGGGUGAAGUAGAAGAUCCUAAAUUGAGAUUAUUAUUGAAAUAACAAUAAUCCACACUUCCAGAUUAUACUCGUAAUAAUAAUAAUAGGAUUAUUCAAUUAGAAUAGAUUUCUUAGCGUAUUUUGAAAAUCCCCAAUUAAGUUGUUGUAGAAUUUAAAAAAUCUAAAACACCUCCUCCUCUACCUGAACCAAAAGUAAGAAAAAAAAUAACUAAUUUAUUUUAUGAUGCUAUUCUCAUUGAUUGA